AUGAGUGGGGCCUCUUCAGGGCCGUCUCAGUCUCCGAAAAGCAUGAAACAGCAGCGGUUCUGUGUUUCUCCGCGGCAGACACGCAGUCCUGGCGGCGAAGGCGCCGCGCGGGAGAUCAGUUUCGGCCGCAGCCCUGGCGACUCCGAGGGGUCUUCGGACGAGGAUAUAUUCAAUGUGCGGAAAAAAGCCAAGACAGAGCGCAAGACGACGCCUAAACCCACCAAGGAAACAACUUCGAUCACCUCUCUGUUGUCUACGGCUGUGCAGGCGCGGUCGAAGGACAAGUUGAGCAAGGAUCUGGGAUUCGAUCUGGAUUCUGCUCUAAAGGUGACAUCGAUCAGCAGAAAGCACGAGAAGGUGAUGCAGCUAAGACGCGAGGAGGACGAAAUAGACCGCAUGGUGGAGAUGAGCGAGGCAGAGUUGCAGCAGCAGCAGCAGGCUGUCCAGAAAUUGGACAGCCAGAUCCGUGCGCGGGUGGACCCCUCGCAAAAGGGUUAUAUCGAGCAGCUGCGAGAACGGAUGCUGAGCGGCGACACGGCCGUCAAAGACGUGUGUUUUCUGGAUAAACCAGGGUUAUACGGCAAGACGUCUACGACAAGGCUCGAGCUGAUGCCAGAGACCCUGCUCGGAGAUGGUGGCUGGUACUUGGACCGGAAAAAACUGGGAUUACAGGAGAUCGCCGACUUCAUGCAGCUCUCGGCGACCAGCGUGUGGCGAAUGCUGCAGACAGACCUCAGCAACGAGCUUGCGGUUGACCAGGGCCUUGUUCGCGACUUUAUGCUGGCCGACGGGAUGGUGGGCCACAAGGCCCAGUUUGAGAUCGAGUCGAAAAAAAGUUUCCCCCACGUAACGACACAGGUGCUAAAGUUGCAGUUUCUGCUGUCGCUGGUGCGCUCGUCCAAGACGAAAACGGCAGGUCUGCCCGAGCUGCGCGCGUUCGUCACCAUCGUCGUGCGUCUGCUCGUCGACUCGCGCGUCAACGAGCCCAACGUCGACGACUACAUCUGCUUGGGCCAGGGCAGCGUGCAUGCCAUCCAGCUGCUCAACGAGAUGCUCGUGAGUCUAGGGCAGUGGUAUUUCGAGCUUUUCCAGCGGCCGUUCUCCGAGCUUGCUCGCGAAUGGAUCCAGCUGGUGUGCGAAAUCGUCGACAGUGAGAUUGGCGAGCACAUGACGCUCGUCCACCGUCUCAUUUGCAAUCUGCAGCAGCUCAUGGUGCCGAUUCUGCGCUACCUCAAACUCUGGCUGAUACUCAAGUUUCUGAUCGGAAAAAACGCAAACGACGAGUCCAAGCUCGACCCAGCCGGACUGCAGGACCUGUCGCGGCAGCUGCUGACGUACGCGUUUGAGAAAGAGGACCUGGUCGCUGCAGUGUACCACUUUACGCGCAUUUUCAGCCAGUGCUCGCUGAAAUUGGCCGCCGACACCCGCGCCUGCCCGACGUUGCAGGAUACGCUUGCCCGUCUCAAGCUGUACCAGAUGGCGGUGUUCAUGACGCUGGGGUCGCUGAAAACCUCGCUGCUCAACAAAAAGCUCGGCUUCUCGCUCAACGAGUCCACAUACUACUCGGCCGACUACCACGAGCGGCUGCAGCUGGACCUGUCCGGGGUGCCCGAAAACGAGUAUCUAUUACACCACCUCAAGUUCUAUAUCAACAUGGUCAAGAACAGGUACCUCCGCAACUACAGCGGCGCAAUCCUGCCGACGGUGACGGAGUGCGUUGCCGUUCUGACCAACGUGCUGGCGCGGAUCGAGCGCGAGCUCACGAUGCCCGAGAUCUUCACGGACUGA